AUGUCCAAGAUCCUAGCAAGAUUCAAGCGCGCUGCCUCCACGUCGUCAGACGAUACCCCUCCCAAUAUCUCCUCGCCCAUCCCUAUCCACUCGCGCUCUUCAGAUCAAGGUUCAGGAUCGGACGACGAGUCACACACCGUCCUUUCGUCCAAUUCCCCUUCGCACUCCAAAUCCAGCUCGCUCGGCCCUUCGUCUGGUCGCACGACCCUCUCCGGUAGUCACUUUAUCGAAGAGUUUGGCGAAGGCAAAGCCCCACCGCUCUCUCCUCUCGGAAAACAGAUUAGCGGGCAAAACAUCGGGACUCUCACCCCGAGCCCAAGCAAGCACCUCGCGCUUGACCUGCCUGACUCAGCUAGCAAAGGGAGUCAGCCGUUCGGAACGCCCAAGCUCGUCCUUACCGAUCCCGGGUCCAACAGUCCCCGCAGCUUCAGCUCGUCUCCAGGGAGAGACAGUCCAGACCGUAGAUCUAAAGGCCUCGGUCUUGGAUUAGGGACGCAAGCACACGAGCUUUACUCAACCUCAUCGUCCAACAUCUCGGUCGCAUCAGCUCCUACCAACCUCUCUCCUCACACCUCCACCGCCCGCGACCCGUCGGAUCUUAGCGUAGACCCGGAGACGCGCAAGGCACGCAGCAGCUCCAUCAUUUCGCGUUUGAAAGGCGGGUCCUCCCCCAAACUCUCGCCCACCCAUCUUGACGUCAAGCCGGAAAAGGCCAGCAAGCGCAGUAUGGACAAGGAGAAGCGUAGUCGGCGGAUGUCGACGAGCUCGGGCAAAGCCAAAAGUAUCGCUUCAGCCAUCGUCGAGAAGGCCGGGCACAGCAUCAGCGGUCUGGGUCACUCGUCUUCUACCCCUGACGACGCUCAGAGCAAACGUCAUUCGCUUCGGAGCGCACACAAUACCACCGGGGACAGUAGUUCGCGGUAUGCGUAUGACGAUGACGAAGAGGACGAGGAUGAUUCGGGGAGCGAGCUGGAUGAUGACCUGCCGGUUACCGGGUUUGCGGUCGCGAGCAACAGACGGAAUGCGGAUUUCCAUGCGUUGUUCCCGACUGUCGACGAGGGGGAUUAUCUCAUCGAAGCAGACUACGGAUGUGCGCUGUCCAAGGAUAUCCUUGUUCAAGGUCGGCUGUACGUCUCGGAGAACCACAUCUGCUUCCACGCCAAUAUCUUUGGCUGGGUCACCGACGUCGUCGUACCUUUCAACGAGAUCCGACUUGUCGAGAAGAAGAUGACUGCCCUGGUCAUUCCCAACGCUAUCGGCAUCUCGACCGGGAAGGAGAAGUACACCUUCGCCUCGUUCCUCUCGCGCGACACGACGUACGACGUCAUGAUGAAUAUUUGGCGGCUCUGCAAUCCCAAUGCCGUCAUGUCGUCCCUCUCGCUCGCUACCACCUCUCGCCCCGCCUCUAUUGCCGGGACGGACGCAGGCGACAGCCCCACGAACGAGACGGCCAAGGGCGCCGUGGAUGGCGGGAAAGGGCACUCGCCGACCAAGUGCACAUGCGGCAAGGAUGGAAAGCACUACUCUGAGACUGCGCUGGAGACGACCCUGUCCAGCACGCCGGAGAAGAUCUACAAUUUGAUGUUUGCGAGUGAAUGGGUCAAGACGUUCCUCACUGAGGAUCAGAAGUUGCGUGAGCUGGAGAUGUCGGACUGGAAGCCCAUCAAGGAAGGCGAUAAGCUCCUCACGCGCACCAUGUCCUACAUCAAGCCCCUGAACGGCUCCAUUGGCCCCAAGCAGACCAAGUGCCACAUCGUGGAUGAGCAGGACCACUACGACGAGGACUCGUACAUCAGUACCAUCACUACCACCAAGACGCCGGACGUGCCUUCCGGCGGAGUGUUCAGCGUCAAGACCCGGACGUGUCUGAUGUGGGCGGGUGCAAACUCGACCAAGGUGGUCGUGACGACUACGGUGGAGUGGACUGGGAAGUCCUGGGUCAAGGGUAUCAUUGAGAAAUCCUGUAUCGACGGGCAGAAGCAGUACCAGAACGAUCUCGCCGCUGCCAUUCGGAAGUACAUGAAGGAGCACCAGACCGAAUUCGGCGCGCCCGAGGGCGAAGGGGCGGACGACGACGACGCGACGGCCAAAGCUGUCGGUGCGGCGGACGGCGAGACGCAGACCGAGGCGGAGGCAUACGCUGCCAAGAACCGCAAGAAGCGAAUGGACGACGACAAGGGCUUCAUCUCGGGCGGGAUCGAUACCGUCCUCGGCGGUUUCGGCGCUAUCGGUUCCGGACUCUCCACGGUCUUUAGCAGCGUCGGGGACCUCCUUAGCGACUUGCCAGUCGGGAAGGAGGUCAUUCUCGGGACGUUCAUCCUUCUCUUGCUGGCGUCGAACGUGUAUACCUACUUUGCGUUCAGGGAACGCGCGCCCGAACGGCUGGCAAGGAGGGCAGGGAGGGAGAAUGAGCUGUCCGAGGUGGUCAGGCUGUUAUUGGAGCAGUCGGGCGGAGUGAAGAUGGGGCACAAGGGCCACGCGGAUCCCCAGAGCGAGGUCAGCGAGUUGAUGCGGAUGCUGGAUGAUGUAGAGGGAAGGGCGGCCAGGUUGAGGAGCGCGGUGGCCAAGGCGGGUCAGCAGGUGGCGCAUGCCGAGCUGGACUAG